UUCCUCGCGCACCGGCAAACACCUUUCUGCAAUGGCCAGCUGGGCAAAUCGUCCACCGAUUGAAAGCAACGGUGGUCCAUCGUCUACCAGGAAGAAAUGGAACCUUGAAGACAAAAAGUCUCUCCGAAACUUGAAGUACCACUUUGCGGAAGACGGUUGCUCGGAGGUGCAGUUCACGCUCGCCAAACAACUGCUGGAGGAAAACUCCGAAACCGACCCGGCACAUAACCAUGCCCAGGGCGUCCAAUGGCUGCUCCGGGCCGCGCAGCAGGGUCACGAAGCAUCCAUCGAGCUGCUGAAAGAGUGUUUCGAAAAUGGACGAGGCAUUACGGAGGCAAACGAAGAGGACGUGCGGAGCAUUCUUGCGAUGAGCCCAAGCGAGCGAUCGGCUAGGCGCGCUGCCCAGGAGCUGUUUGCAAGCCUGUCCAAUGGUGAGGAGUACGUUACGGCAGCCCAGCUUGAGAAGCGAAUGCGCGAGAUCUACAAGAUUGACCGACGGCGCCGUCGCACCCAGCCGGAUGGUGCCGAAGCGGAUGGCAGUGUCGAGCACAGUGCAUCCGCUAGUGGUACGCCGGAAAGACCUGGCGGUUCCAGUACGAACCACGAUGGCACGCCACUUGGCAGCUCGAAUGGCAAUCGGCUGCAUCGAAGCCCUACCGUGAACCACAUUUCCGAAGCGAACCUGCUUGCGGCCGCAGUCAACUACUCCAACGGACACCUGCCGGCCGUGAGCGAUGCGCUUAUGCUUUCCGUUCCGGAUCCGCACAGCUUAAACCACGUGCCGUGCUUUCAUAGGCCGUUUUUCCAUCCGAUUGUUUUCUUUCAACUGCUGUACCAUCGGUUUCUGUUGCUAAUGUCAACCUUUCCGGGAUCGACCGGUGGCACCUGGCUGCAGCUGGUGCUGGUGCUGGCCACGUACUGGUACUUUGCUAGUGAAAACUUUCUCUCGCUUGUACCCGUCGGCGGAUACUAUGCCAGCCUGGCGGUGAUGGUAUUGUGCAGUUUUCGGAUGCUCAAGUCCAAGCAUGACUUUAUCGACUUCCGCAUGUGGUCCGGGUUGUUCCUGCGCUACGGUGACGAGCACCUAAAUACAAACGAGCCCGAAAACCAAUACCUGCGCAACAAUCUGAAGCCUUACCUGUACUUUUUCGUCGCUUUCUUCGUCAACAUGAUGCUCCAGCCCAACAUUAGUGACCAGUGGUUGCCGUUCUCGGAGAUUACCGUGCUGGCGUUCACGCUGACCUUCCUCACGAUGUUCGCGUUCACGUACACCGCCGGUGACCCUUUUCCGGACUAUCUGAUUCUGUUCUCCUUCGGCUUGAACGUGCUCGCUAAGUAUCCGUACGAAAUGGACGAGGUCGUCACGACCGGGUGGCGUUUCCUCGACCUCAAGGUGCCCGGCUUCUCGACCUUCGUCAUUGGCAACGGGAUCGAGUUUUGUUUGAACUGUCGCGCGAUGCUGUACCUGAUGAUUCCCGGUUUCCUGAUGUACCUUGCGCGGCGCAACAGCUGGCGAGGAAUCUACCAGUAUCUCAUGCCACACUGCGUGACCCUCGCCUGGUUGCAGAUCUGCAUUAUUAGUUCCCAAUCGGCCACCAUGUUCGGACUGGUGCGUGGUGCCCUCGGACUGUCCGGGUUGCUACUGUUUCUGCCCCUGUUCGGUAUCGUCACGUUGCUCAUUCCGGUGUUCGCCGUUAUCGAGUGGCUGUCACUGACCGACUCCACCGUGCGACUCUGGUCCUCGAUCGGUGCUGCCGUUACGGCCGUGGCCAUCUCCGGCUACAUGGCCAGCUCGAGGCGAACGGAGCGGUACAUCACGUUCCUACAGAUUGCGAUCUGCGUCAUCGGUACCGUCUUUCUCACCUUGCCCCACAUGAUGUCCAACUUCGAGACGGUCGGAGGUAGCGAAGGACGCCUUUACGAAUCGACGCCACCCGCCGAUCAUCUCGGACACCACCAUCGGAACCCAUCGCACACGAAGGACAGUGCUGAGCGUCCGGCGAGUCUAAGCUGGGAUCUGUACUACAAGUUCUGCCACCAGCCGGCGUGGGAUAGCGAGAAUAAGGUGAAAACACAACUCCGCUGCACCAAUCUGGACGGGACGUACGUGCGCUGGGAGGGUACGGUGCUCGAUAUGGCCAUCUCGAGUCGAAGAAACUUGCGGGCCGAGCUGAUCGAAGGCUAUCUGCCAAAGUUUCUCGCCGAUCGAAUCAACUGUCUCUACGGUGAACCGAUCGAACCGGACUGUGGCAAUCUGAACGGAUCGUCUGAGGGGGACUGCGAAAACUUGAAGCAUUUCAUGCAACGCCAACGGACUUGCCACCUCAACAAGUGGAACACGUACGAAUACGAGCUGAAAGUGCGCAUGUCAACCGGGCUGCUCACGAAACCGGCGGAAAUCGUCCUCAAAGCCCAGCACGCUUUCGGCAACUUCACCCAGAGCCUCAACUACUCCGACCGUAUCUGGUUUAUCGGGGUGCUGCGCGAUUCGUCCCUGUCGCAACUAUCCGCCGGCGGGACCGGGCCGGCCACCGACCAGCAGCAACAGCAGUGGGAUAGCGCCGGCGGACUGAACCUAAACCUGGGCGGACACAACUUCGGCGUGCACGGUAUGCGUUUGGGGCGCAAAAAUCCUCUGCUCGAACUGCACUCGAUCGGGUGCAUCCAGUGUCGGAACCCGACCCUCACGGCGGUCCAUCUAACCGAGGGCCUGAAGGUGAACGGGCGGAUGCGAGAUCUGCUGCGCGGUGUCAAAUACUUGCUGAACGUUAUCUUUAACCCGCUUGUGAUCUUCAAGUAAUCCGCACCUGGAGCACCUAACUGAGGUAUGUAACUGAUGCUGGUCAUACUCCGAGCUACUCGCUAGUCUGUCACACUCUUGUUGGGCGUAUGCUGAUCGGAAUUUUGAGUCGCAAUGGGUCUUCUAAGCUCCGUUGCAACUUCACCUGUCUUGCAAACCGAUUAACUUAGCUUCACUUGAUAUAAAAGCUCUAUGCGGUGUACAGUGGCCGACGUUUUUCUCUAUGUUUGUUUUUACUAAAUUAAUAUUCGUUUCGUUUUCGUUUAGUCUCUAUUAACAAUAAUUACAUAUAAUACAAGAACGGAUAAUAAAACAUG